UCCCCUCCAUUCUUACAGUUGAUUAUUAUUGAUUUUUAUAUGUUACAUUGUAAGGCGUGGGAUAUUAUAGUAAACUCACUUUACAUUGAUAUUAACAGUUAUCAUAGUAUCAUCGGCAAACAAAUUAUUAGCACAUAGAACUUACUAUUUACACAGUAAUGUUUCCAAGUAUAGACGCCAUUGCCGUUACACAUGACGCAUAGUGAAGAAUGCAAGUGAUAUAUUUGUUUGACUGAAUUAGUAAGAACAAGCUAAAAUUGUAGGUAAGAGGGGUAAGGUCUCGGUGACGCGCGUUGUUUGUUGACAGUCAGCAAGCCCCAGUAGGGUCCGCCAGGGCCAAGGUCUGCUGGGCCUGCGGGAUUGUUCGAACGAGUUACCUCGGCCCUGGUGUUAUAAAGGGUUUAAGAAGGAACAUGGUGGGUAAGAGUCUGACACUGCCUCACACUGUCUUCAAAGCGAAAGGGGUCAUGUGGAGAUUUCCCACAAAAAAUAGGGGUAAGGUCAGCAGAUCUAAGUAAAAGUCUACUUGUGUUAAAGAGUCGUUAAAAGAAUUCCAACAUCCGAAAAACAGGUCAUCCAUAUAUACAAAAAAAGUCACAAAACAAUGCUAUCAUUUAUCACUGUCGCCUACUUCGAAGCCCCCAUACAGUCGAGUACCGUUAAAACACUCGAAUUUGUCAAGGUAUCCGUGACAAUGUGUCACCCAUUUCUCCACAUUACCCAGAGGUGUGAAAUACGCUAAUUGACUCUUCACGUACCACAAAGAAAGUAGUUAUUGCCCGUUAGUCGUGUUCCGAACUUCAGAAAAGCAACAUAGGACACUGGUUAAAAUUCAAAAUGUUUAGUGCACAAGUUAUUAAAGCUUUGUUAGCGAUAUCCCUCUUCUCCAGCUUAGCAGAAGCGUAUUACCUAAACCCUAACUAUGAAUGUGGUCAGUACGGGUUCACAUGCGAACGAAACAACAGAGUGAGAAUUUGUGAAGGCACCAAAUUAGUUGGACCCGCGUUCGUCUGUCCACUCGGAACUUUCUGUAACGAAGAGUCCACUUCGGUUUGCGAAGAUGCAAUCAACUUCAUUGACCCAGCGUUAACUAGAAGUCUCCGCUGCCAUCGAAAUGAAAGAAUUGCUAAUCCUAACGUCCCAGGAUGUAAAGGAUACAUCCUCUGUGUUCCUAAUGGAAGUCGUUUCCAAGGUAUCAACUUCAAGUGUUCAGGAAACACCAUAUUUAACGGAUUUACCAGAACUUGCACAUCACCACAAAAGUACAAGUGUCCCGUGAGCAAUUCCACCAAAACGAAUCCCGAAUUGUUUGGAUCUGAUAACCGAAAAGAUCCCCUGUUUAGCGAUGACAAACAAAGCUUGAGCAACCGAUUCUCAGGACAACGACCAAUGCCUAUCGAAUGCAAGAAUUAUAAGUUUAGAGUGACACAAGAGGAUACUCCCAAUACUGUAACGUAUUUCUGCCCUCCUCGACCCGUGAGAGGUGAAUCAUCAAUCCGAUGCACAAUAUUUUCAAAUAAUUUCUGCGUCACUUUAGAAAGAGAUGAUGAGGACCAGUUCAUCGUAGACAGCGGUGCACCAUCCCGAAGACCAAGAAUGUAAUUAUACAAUCAAUACUUACACGAAGACUGAGUACACGCCUACAGCAUGUUUGGAGAAAAUAAAAGAUCUGCAUUUUUGUAAAUAUAUAAGUAGUAAACAGGUACAUUUAUUUUAUAUAAAAAAAACUUAAGGUUAAAUCAAUUAAAGUAAAUUUAAAAAUA